AUGGUUAGCUAUCAGGCGACAGGCAUCACGGCGUGCGUGUGUUUGGCCAUCGCUCACCUGUCGCGCCACCGCAUCGUCCGGAAGACACGGUGUCGGCCGUGGCGUUUAUCGGACGCUGAAUCGCGAGCCACCAACUCCGGUGGCCCGAUCAACACGGAACCUGACGGUGCUGGUGGACCGUUUGUUUGCUCUAUUUACACUGCCCACCGUCUGCCUGACGUUUAG